AUGAGAAAGAUUAUAAAAAAUGAUAUUGAAAUCCUUAUUAUAAAAAAAUCUAAAUAAAAAACUUCAGUAAAUAGAUAUAGCUUUGGUUUAUUAUAAGAAUACAAUAAUAGAUUACAUUAAAAAUUGAUUAAUGGCCAUUAAGUUGAAGACAAACCUACAUUUUUCGUUACUGCCUCAAGACCAGGAAAUUUCGGUGACCACAUUGAUUUUAAAGCAAAUAUUGAUAACUGGUUUGAUGAAAACAGAGCACAUAAUGAACAUGAAACAGAUAUUAGAAGAACCUAACUAUAUACACUUUCUGCUAUUUAUUAUGGCGCUAUAUUAUCUUUCGCAAGACUCUAUGUUAUGGGAGUUAUUGGACGUUUGAAUGGAUGGAAAAGAUACGAAAGAGAUACUUAUUCUGAAGUCGAUAUUAGUGCUUUACCACCAGGAGAAGUUAUGUAAAUGGUAUGGAACGGUACUCCGAUUUUCAUUAGAAGAUUAACUCCAGGUGAAAUCUAAGAAGAAAAUGAAUACCCAACAAGCACUCUAUUAGAUAAAGAUAAAGAAGUAGUUUUAUCAGAAGCAGGUAAUACUAAAGUUAUUGUCGUUUCUGCUGUCUGUACUCAUCUUGGUUGUAUUCCUAUUCCAUAUUUGGGAGCAUAUAGAGGAUUUGUAUGUAUCUGCCACGGAUCUGUAUAUGAUAAAUUCGCUAGAGUUAGAUAAGGACCUGCUUUACUUAACUUACCAGUCCUUAAUAAUAGUAUCCAUGAUAAUGGUACUUUAGUUUGUAUGGAGGAUUAAAAAUUCCCACAUGAACCUAGUGUUAGAUUCUGGGCAUGA